AUGAUGCAGCGCAACAUUCCCGCCUCCUGGCGGGUCGUAAACCUUGACUGCCUCGAGCAUCUCAAGGUCAUGGAUCGUCCCAAUGAAGCUCAGGUGACCGAGACCGCAUCCAGCCUGACCAAGCUCCUCCGGAACCCAGUCUGGGUUCCAUACCAGGCCAAUCCCGCCAAGGUCGAGAGUGCCCGCAAGAAAGGAGCUCACGGUGCUUUUGCCAAGUUGCCUCAGACUGUUCUUGACAGGAUCGUUGGCAAGCUUGAUCUUGAAAAGGACGGUGUCACUAUUUUGUGCCUUGGUAUGACCAACUCCUUUUUUUUCCGUCUCCUUGGAUCCAAGAUGCAAAAAGUGCUCCAUCUCGAUGCAGGACCAUGGCGAGGUCAGCGUCUUGUGUUUGCUGGUUCUUGGGCCCCGGGCAUUCCGGAAGGUGCUGGUACUCCAGAAGAGGAGCAAGACUGGUUUUCUCGUCGCAUCCAGACUCUACAUGAACUUCACACUUACCCUGUGACCCUUGGUCGGGCUAUGCCCUUAACCCCCUACUAUGCUCCCGAAGUAUUCAUGCACCCCGGGCCUCGUUCUGACCGCGUCAUUGACCUCAUGAACCGUGAUCGCUCAAGCACCUCUGAGGACAAAGAGGCUUACUUUCGUAUGAUCGAAAUCUUCAUGACAGAACCACGUCAUCUCACCGAGAUACAAAGAGAGCAAGUUCUACGAAACCUUGACACCAAGGAGUACGUCCGCGCCGAUGUCCUCAUGGAUCUCCAGGACUGGCCUGAGCGUUACAUACCAUGGUGCGAUCAAGAGGCUUUCGAUCAUGGUAUCUUCCUCGAGCGACCUUGGCAAGUUGGCCAUGCUCUCAUGGCCUUUAUUACUCGAUAUGACGUUUCCCCCGCCGUAACCAUCGAAGGUGAUGAUGGCUGGGCGGAUAUCACAGGACAGGCAAUUUUCAAGAUACAUGGGUACCCGAUCUACCAUCCUAUGUGGAGAAACUCGCUCGAAAUAGAGCGUCCUUUUAUUACUAGGGUCCAGCCAAUUCGUUUUUUCACGCGCAUGGCCGCUAUGGAGCGAGCCCGUGUCCUCCGCGAGGAAGCUGCUGCCCAAUACGAAGCGGAUAAUGCUGCGGGCCCAGCUCCUACAACUACCUCCCCAACUAUCCCACCUUCUGAUGAUAUCGACCUUGACCUCGGUCAUAAUGCCGACACGUCCUCUGAUGGUGACUCUCAGAAGCGCUGGGAGAUUGACUCCGAUCUCGACCUCGACCACAACUAA